AGGUGAAUGAGGGAAGCGCUUUUACUGCACCGCAAAGUGUAUUGUCAUUCGGUUUGAGAAGUGUUCGAGAUCGGUUUUUUGAAUAAUUAUUAGACGAAAUGGCUCUCCUGGGAAGAUCAUUGCCCGAUUACGAGACGGAGACUGCGAAAAUGAAAAGUUUCAGCCCAUACGCCGAUAACGGAGGGAGUGUCAUUGCUCUCGCCGGAGAUGAUUUUUGUGUACUGGCAGCAGACACUCGCCUGAGUGCAGGCUUUUCUAUUUACACGCGUGAACAGCAGAAAUUAUUUCCUCUAUCAAACAAAACUGUUCUGGGAUGUUCAGGUUGCUGGUGUGACACGCUUACCUUGACCAGAUUAUUGACUGCUAGAAUGCAGAUGUAUGAGCAUGAGCAUCAGAAAGAAAUGCCAACACCAGCAAUCGCACAAAUGUUGUCAACAAUGCUUUAUUAUAAACGUUUCUUCCCUUAUUAUGUCAGUAAUAUUGUCGGUGGAUUAGAUGAAGAGGGCAAGGGAUGUGUAUACAGUUAUGAUCCGAUUGGUCAUUGUGAAGUAACAAAAUACAGAGCAGCUGGUUCUUCUGGUGCCUUGUUGCAGCCUCUUCUUGAUAAUCAGAUCGGAUUAAAAAAUCAAGAAAAUGUUGAGCCUACUUCUUUGACACGAGAAAGAGCUGUAGCAAUUAUAAAGGAUGUGUUUACAUCGGCAGCGGAGAGGGAUAUUUACACUGGUGACUCAAUAACUAUUAAAGUCAUAACAGCAGACGGUAUAGAGGAUUCUACUUUUGGCUUGAGGAAAGAUUAAUGAUAAAAGGAAAGGAUUAAAAAUGUAUUUUCAUUUCUCUGUAUGAAUAAAGUUUACACUAAACAGUAUAA